AUGCGUCUAACAAUCAUUCUGUGUUUUGCCAUUGUCUGUCUACUGGUUACAACUAUCAGAGCCAACGAUGAUCAAAACGUUGUCAACAAUGAUGAAAAUAAUCAACAUUUAACAAGUAAAGAUGAUGACGAUCAAGCUUCUGCAGUUGCUACACAUCAAGAUGACAUUUCUGAAAAUGCUGACAAGUCUUCAAGUAGUAAAGAAAAUAAAGCUUCAUCCAGUUCAGAAGACAACACAGGUAAUUCGAAAGCUGUAAUAUCCGAUCCAGUUCAAAUUACAAGUGAAAACAAAAAAUGUAGUUCUGGUGAAACUGAAGCAUCGUCGAAUGAGAAAUAA